AUGGCAGCCUCGAAGCUGGUGCUGUCACUGCUGGUUGCAGCUCUCCUGCUGCACGUGACCACCACGCUGAAGAUCAGCGCCUUCAACAUCAAGGUGUUUGGGGACAGCAAGAUGUCCAACCAGACUAUUGCAGACAUCAUCGUCUCUAUCCUCUUGGAGUAUGACAUCACCGUGGUGCAGGAGGUCCGGGACACCGACCUGAGCGCCGUGAAGAAGCUCAUGGAUCAGCUCAACAGUGUGUCCCUGCACCCAUACAGCUUUUUGGACAGCAUCCCCCUGGGUCGGAACAGCUACAAGGAGCAGUACGUCUUCAUCUACAGGUCGGACAUGGUCUCUGUGCUGGGAAGCUACUACUACGAUGAUGGCUGCGAGUCCUGCGGGACCGAUACCUUCAGCAGGGAGCCCUUCAUCGUGAAGUUCUCCUCGCCCACCACGCAGGUGGAGGAGUUUGUGAUGGUGCCCCUGCAUACCACGCCCAGCAGCGCGGCGGAUGAGAUCGAUGCGCUCUACGAUGUCUACACCGACGUUGUCAACAAGUGGGCGACUAAUAACAUCCUCCUCCUGGGUGACUUCAAUGCUGACUGCUCCUACGUGACCAGCGCCCAGUGGCCAUCCAUCCGCCUGCGCUCCCUCGACGCCUGCGAGUGGCUCAUCCCCGACAGCGCCGACACCACCGUCGCCACCACCACCGACUGCGCCUACGACCGCAUUGUCGCCUGCGGGACUGCGCUGCGCCGAGACAUCAAGCCCGGCUCUGCCACCGUCAACAACUUCCAG